AAUCGAAAUCAUUAUUGCUUCAGGCUGACUGUCAAAAAGAAAAUUCACAAAAUGUAUACCUCAAAAUUCAUUGUUUUCACUAUCUUACUAAUACAUUAUUGCGCGGAGAAUGCAGCUUCUUGCGAUGAUUUGCAUUGGAAUUGCACCAAAUCCCACAAGCGCGAUCCGAUGGAUACUCGAGGAAUCUCGAGGAAUCUGCGACAAAAGCGUUUUGCGAAUAAUGAAGACAGUGCCAAUGAGAUGACGAUCGUAGAUGAACUGCAGUUUCAAAGUGAUUCUAUCCAGCAUCGUCUGAAACACAAGAAACAUCGCCUACAACCCAGAGAAUAUUCCAAUUCGAGUUUGAGCGACAUCAAUGAUGAUGACGAUUUUCGUUUUCUGGUAACCGGCGGAUAUCGCCCGGAAAAGAAUCUUCUCGUUAAAUACGUUGUUUCGAUUCGAUCGAACAAGGAGCGAAAAUAUUUCGGAGACAAUCACUUCUGCGGUGGCGCAAUAAUAUCCUCGAGGUCUAUUCUGACUGCGGCACAUUGUCUAUUCAUCAAUGGGGCCAAACUGCGACCCAGUCGAGUAAAGAUCGUAGCUGGCACCCCGCGUCGCCUGGUCAAAACGGGAAACACGCAAGAACUAAAUGUGGAUAAAGUGAGACCGCACCCCAAAUACUCUCCCUCAAUGCUUACCAACGACAUUGGCAUUAUUCGACUGAAGGAGUCAAUUCGCUUAGACGACACUUUCGCCACGAUUAUACCAAUAGUUGAUCGGGAUCCAACGGCUGGACUGUUGUGCACAGUCGUUGGUUGGGGCACAGUGAUUCAGUAUGGCCCCACGCCAGAUGAGGCAGUGAAUGGUGACGUCACUAUCAAUACGAACGCGUGGUGCUCCAAAAUUGCUGGCUUCAGAAAGGGAAUGGUAUGUGCCUCCAAUGCCAACGAUUACGAGGUCGACAGCUGCCAAGGUGACUCGGGAGGGCCGCUAAUGUGCGACGGUAAAGUUGUGGGCAUAGUUUCCUUUGGCACUGGCUGCGGCGAGCCGGACUCGGCCGGAGUGUAUACCGAUGUGUACCAUUAUCGGGAAUGGAUAGCCCGCAAUAAGGCUAACAAACUCAGCCAAACUAAUGCAUCUUCUUAUAGACUCCAUUUGAUCGCUUUGACCAUGAUGUGCUCCUUGCAUAUUCCGAUGAUAUGAAUGUGCUAUUGUCAUCAUUGUUGUGUGAUAUGUGCAUCUAAUUUAUAUUUUACGCUGUUGUCUUUAGUUGUGUUUUAUUCAUUUACUUUAACUUUCAAACUCUUGAGAAUAUGCAUGGAAAUAAAAUGACAAUUUGA